ACCUGCUUUCCCCACUCAGGAGUCAGGAUUCUUGAAUGGAUCAGUCCGAUCACACUCCCCCCCUAAUCUCCGAACGGGUCAUCGUCGACGGCACCGAGACGCCGGUGGCUCUGCUAGCCGACGGCAGACUGCGGUUGCCCAAUGGUGUUCCGCGGUGUUUACGUGUUGAUAAAGAGGUUCUCGGGUUUGUCACUGACGGUGCCAACAUCAAAAUCAAAACCAUCCUGGAAACCAACGAAGGCUGCUGCCGUGUUAAUAGAAAACUGGUUAGAAAGGAUAUCGUGCUUCAACCCCUGUCCCACGAAUCGCAGAGGCUCUGGUCUCAAAAGCUUCGUGAAUACCUUAGUUCCCUUGGUCGUCCUAAGAGACUAUUUAUUUUUCUUAAUCCAUUUGGUGGGAAGAAAACUGCCCCCAUAGUUUUUCGUGAUCAUGUGAAACCUCUUCUUGAAGAUGCUGAAAUCCAAAUCACAGUCCAAGAAACCCAACAUCAGCUCCAUGCAAAGGAAGUUGCUCGUGCCCUAGAUAUAUCUAAGUAUGAUGGGAUCAUAUGUGUUAGUGGUGAUGGAAUCUUGGUUGAGGUUAUUAAUGGACUGCUUGAAAGAGAUGAUUGGGAAACUGCCAUAAAGAUACCUAUUGGUGUAGUUCCUGCAGGUACGGGAAAUGGUGUGGCAAAAUCUCUUCUUGAUUUGGUUGGUGAUCCUUGCACAGCUGCUAAUGCUGCUCUUACCAUUAUACGAGGUCAUAAGCGAUCACUAGAUGUGGUUACAAUCAAGCAAGGGGAAAACAGAUUUUUCAGUGUAUUGAUGAUUGCAUGGGGGCUGGUGGCAGAUAUUGACAUUGAGUCUGAAAUAUAUCGAUGGAUGGGGAGUGCUCGUUUUGAUUUUUAUGCUCUCAGUCGAAUAUUCCAUUUGAGGCAAUACAAUGGACGUAUUUCUUUCAUGCCUGCACCUGGGUUUGAAACUUAUGGGGAGCCUAUUAGUUACCCUGCCAAAUCUACUAGCAGUGGCAACAACACUGCUUCUACUGAACCUAUCAAGUUAUGGAGGCUUAGGUACCAGGGGCCUGACAUCAACUUGGAGAAUUUGAGUUGGAGAGUUAUAACUGGACCAUUCAUUUCUCUCUGGAUGAACAAUGUACCUUGGUCUAGUGAACACUUGAUGGCGGCACCUGAAGCACAGUUCUCUGACGGUUAUGUGGACUUGAUCAUUAUCAAGAAAUGCCCAAGAUUACAUUUGCUGUCGGUGAUGUCUGAGAUGAGCAAUGGAGGUCAUGUGAGAUCUCCGUAUGUCAUGUACCUUAAGGUAAAAGCGUUGUUGUUAGAACCUGGACCACGCAUGGAGGAGCAAGAGAAGGGAGGGAUCAUCGAUGUAGAUGGUGAGGUUUUGGCAAGGGGAAAAGGAACUUACCAUUGUGAUAGAAAGACUUUGAUGACCUAUGAUCAACUUCAAGUGACUGUGGAUCAAGGUUUAGCUACUCUCUUUGCCCCUGUAUAAACAGCUUUUUAAUUCCACGGUUUAUUGUGUGUUGUUUUUGUUUGGGGCGGGGGUAAUUUUCCGAGUAAAAACUAACUUGGGAUUAUGUACGGUUGAAUAUGCAACUGUUAAUAUUUCUUCUGAAGUGUUAAUCUUGUGAAUUGGGGAUAUAUUGGCUGAUCGGUGUCUUAUUAAUAUGCGUGUUAUUACUCAUUAGAGAAUAUAACUCUUUCCCUCCAA